CUUAUUCUUCAUCAUGCCCUCCCCAAAUCCCUUUUUAUUGACUUUUGAUCAUAUCAAACCGAAGUCAUUGGGUGGCAGUUGUCGGAUCAGUAAUGUACAAGUUAUCCUAUCUUGUUUGAAUCAAGUGAAAGGAACUGCCAGCAAUAAGGAAUUGAGACAGUGGCUAAACAGUUUUCAUUAUCUCAUUGACAAUUGUAGUGAGCCAUGAUUUUGUGAAAGACAAACAUACAUGGUUUAUAGUCACAUAAUAAACUAGAAGCUUCUCCUUCAGUCCCUAUUCGCGGAAGUAAACGCUUUAACUUAAAUACUCCUACUUAUUUCGUACAUAUACUUAGAAAUAGUAAAACCUGGUAUACAUAUAAUAAAAUAACUGAC